UGACUAUAAAAGAAACAGGAAAAUUAUAAAUCAAUGGCUAAAGUAUUCAAAUUUAAAAUCAUUAUAUACUUUAUUCUACGAAGAAUCUAGAAUUCUUGAACACAUAUUGAGUGAAAAGAGUAAAAGAAAAUCAAUGGAACUUGAAAUUAGCCAAUUUUUCGAACUAGCAUCGAUAGACACUAUUGGAAGAACAGCGUUGGGAGAAGAAUUUAAUUCACAAAACAAAGAAAACCACGAUUUCCGAAAUAGUUAUGCACGUCUAGCAGAAAUCUAUGCAUACCGACUUUCGAAUCCGUGGUUUUUAAGCUCAAGUUUAUUUUCACUGUCAUCGAAAAAACAUGAACAACGAAAUAGUCAACAUUUAAUGCAUGAAUAUGUGAAUGAUUUAAUUCAGAAAAAAAAAGUCGAGCUCAAUGAAAAAGCUAAAUCUACCAUUAACGGGUGUCGUGAUGAAGAUUGUAGUUAUCAAAAGCCUAAAUAUCUAAUUGAAAUUCUGUUAGCAAACGAACAUCAAGUAACACAUAAAGAAAUGAAGGACGAACUUAUAACCAUUAUAAGUGCGGGACAUGAAACAACUGCAAAAGCAAAUUCAUUAAUUAUAUUUAUGCUGGCUCAUCAUCAAGAUGUUCAACAAAUUGUGUAUCAAGAAAUAAAUUCAAUAUUUUCGGAUGGUAAUUUAAACAGACCGCCUACAUACGAGGAUUUACAAAAAAUGGAAUACUUAGAACGCGUUAUCAAAGAAACCAUGCGACUUUAUCCAGCUGUUCCUCUAGUGCUCAGACAAGUAGAAAACGAAAUGAUGAUUGGAAAAUAUCUAAUCCCGGCGGACACAAUUAUUGCGAUUCCCAUUUAUUGUUUGCAUUUAAAUCCACAAAGCUAUAAGGAUCCAGAAAAAUUUAAUCCUGACAACUUCUUACCAGACGUGUGUCGCAGUCGUCAUCCUUAUGCGUACAUUUCUUUUAGUGGCGGCACAAGAAACUGUAUUGGAAUGAAAUACGCAAUGCUUCAAAUGAAGACUGCGAUAUCUACUCUUGUAAGGUCCUACCGUUUUUCGCCAUCAAAAAAAUGCUUUACUCCGAAGGAUCUUAAAUUGUCGUGUACCAUAGCACUGGAAUUUAUCAACGGAUGUUAUGUUAAAAUAGAACCAAGAACGUAAUAGAUCAUUUAUAGUAUUUAGAUAUUUUUUAAU